AUGCCGCCACAGUUUCGAUUUAUUCAAGCCGAUCCGGAUGAAUUUGAUGAUUUGGAUGGAUUCGAUGUGGAUUACGCUGGCGUUUUUAACGGUGUAACAGCAAAGUAUACGAAUGUGGUCGAUGAUCUAGACUCACUAUCCUUAAAGCAAGACCCCGUUCCUGCAGAGGCAAAGGCUCCAGAAAAACACAGGAAGAGAAAAAAGCGCUCUGCAAGUUCUGUUAAGCUAACUGAGGAGGCCCACACUUUGUCUCCUCGUUCCAACAAAAGGGAUAGCAACAGAUCCAUUUCUGCUUAUAGUCAGCAAUUGGGAAAGGAGAUUGAAGGACGCCGGUCAGUAUCUGCAAGAUCUCCAUCUCCGCAACCGAAAACAGCUAUUCAGCAAGUAAAAGAAGUCUCCGCAUCCAGCGGCAUGAACCGUGAUAAUGCGUCUACAGCAGUAAUGGGAAUAGAAGAGAAAGAGGAGAAAAAACACAGAAGGCGUAAAGUUAAGAAGCAUACAGUCCAAUCAUAUAAGAAUGAGCCUACACCAGGUCCAUUAACAGAGCAUACCAAUAACAACGCGUCUCUAGCCGAAGGUGACAAUAAGGCUGGUAUGGAUGUGUCUCCUAUCAAUACUUGGAAUCCGUACAAACAGGGGAAAACACCAAACCUUAGCUCUGCAGGCUUCGCCAUAUCUGCUUCCCCGAUAAAUCGGUCAAUAGGAAGCAGGGGGUCGCAUGUGGAGCCAUAUGCAUCAUCAACUCCCGCUAUUCCAGAGCUAGAGUCGUUCUAUGCCGAUUUACCUAUAGAACUGAAUGAUCCUGGCAACAAUAGCCUUGCCAAGUCGAUAGCACUUGACUUAUCUGUCGCUGACGGUGCUAAAGAGACGUCAGUUGCCUCAGAGUUGAGCCUUCACGAGGGUCUCUCAGAACAUCGUACAGGCAGCUCCACAAAGCUAUCUGCACACUCUCCACUCUCCAUACACUCUGCACUGGAAACUAAAUCAUUGACAAGCAACAUAGUAGGGCUAUCUACGCCCAAAAUUAAGUUUGAGGGCAACCAAUCUGUAAAGGCAGACAAUGCACCAGCUGCUCUUAGUGGCCACGCUGCUAGCCUUUCUGUUGAAGUUGCCGAUGAAACCAUAUCUUUACGAGCCAGGAUAAAGGAGCUAGAAGACGCACAAAAGGAGGUAUUACUGCAAAAGAUGGAAGAGGAAAAGAAGUCUCUCUUGAUAGAGCAAAGUAUGCUAGCAUCAAGAUUGGAGCAAGAGCGAUCAAAGAUAGCAGAUAUAUCAUAUAAAAUAGUACACCAUUCUGUCACUGCUAGUAUGGUCGGGGAACCAGAAACAGACACUGAGAGAGGAGAUGGACACAACCAUAUGGAUCAAGAUUUGGCAAUCCUUGGGCCAGCACCUGGUGCAGACAGCAAUCAGGGUGAGAUUGUACUAACAUCAUCAAGCGGUAGACAAGAUACGUUUCAAGAAACGUCAAAGGUCCAGUAUAGUGUGGUAGCGAAUGAUUCCAAGCAAAGCUCUGCUAUCUCAACUGUAAAAUCCAGCCCAGGAAAAAGCGGACUUUGUCUGAAUGAAAGUACACAACCCAUAAAAUCAAAAUCUCUACACACCAGAAAGCGGAAAAAAUAUAUCAGAUCUUCCUCUACAAGUAGUCUAAGUACUGAGUCUUCUGACUCAUCCACAGCCUCACAAGAGCGAUAUCACAUUCACCGUAUCAGAUCCAAAGGCUCCUAUCGAUCGUAUAGACGGCGAUCAAAAUCAGAAUAUAAGUACUUGUAUGCAUCUAUAAAGGAAAUGGAAGCUCGGCAAUUUGAACUGCUCGACCGGAUUGCGGAACUAGCAAACGAAACGAAGACUGUCCGGAGUAUUGGUACGGAUAGCGUGCCCCUAGGUGCAUCUGUAACAUCAUCAGCUGAGCAUUCUAAUUCCGGAUAUGCACACCACGGGUCAUUUCCGGUUAUGACCCCUAACUUUGGCAUGAUGUCCCUUCCAGUAAUGCCCAUGAUGCCCAUGGUGUCCCCCAUGUGCAUGACAUCUAUCAGUGGAGCUCCUUAUCCACACAUCUUACCUACAACCCCGCUCCAAGGACAGAUCUUUCCACAGUAUGUAACUCCACCUGUGAGCCACCAAUCUACAUAUCCCAUGUUUCCUUACUAUAACGCUGCACCCCAGCAACAAGUACCGAUCUCAAACGAGACAGCUGCGCUCAUAUCGACUGUAUCUCAUGUGAUGGGCACGACAUCUGUACGACCAAGCGUGCGUGACACGAUUAAGGGUAUCAUGACGAAUUACGGUCUACAAAACUAA